AUGUCCUCCACAGUGAACAACGGGGCGGCCAGCAUGCCGUCCCCGCCCGACGCGGCGAACGGCUUUCCGCAGCCGGGCGCUUCGUCGGGGGCCUGGCCGCGGGCGGAGGAGGAGCUGCGCGCCGCGGAGCCCGGCCUAGUGAAGCGCGCGCACCGCGAGAUUCUGGACCACGAGCGCAAGCGGCGCGUGGAGCUCAAGUGCAUGGAGCUGCAGGAGAUGAUGGAGGAGCAAGGGUACUCAGAGGAGGAGACCCGGCAGAAGGUCAGGACUUUCCGGCAGAUGCUGAUGGAGAAGGAGGGAAUGCUCACCAGGGAGGACCGGCCUGGGGGCCACGUCGUGGCGGAGACCCCGCGGCUGAUCGAGGGCACCGAGCCGGGCCUGGAGUACGCGCCCUUCGACGAGGACGACGGCCCGGUGGACUGCGGCUGCCCGGCCGCCUGCUACCGGGGGCACCGGGGGUACAGGACCAAGCACUGGUCCAGCAGCUCGGCGUCGCCCCCUCCCAAGAAGAAGAAGAAAAAGAAAGGCGGCCACCGGAGAAGCCGCAAAAAGAGGAGACUAGACUCCGAGUGCAGCUGUGGGAGCUCCUCACCCCUGCGCAAGAGGAAGAAGAAUGUGAAGAAACACCGCCGAGACAGGUCCGAUUCUGGGUCCCGGAGGAAGAGACGGCACAGAUCUCGAAGCCCCAAGAGCAAAAGAAAAGAAAAGAACAAAGAAAGGAAGAGGCCACAUGCAGAGUCCCCAGGCCGGAGGUCCCAUCGCCACAGCAGCGGCAGCCCCCACAGUCCCUCACUGUCCUCCCAUUACAGUGAUUCCAGAUCACCCAGCAGGCUGAGUCCCAAGCACCGAGACGACGGGCGGAAGACGGGCAGCCAGCGGUCCAGCGGGAGCCGGUCUCCUUCCCCGUCCGGCGGCAGCGGAUGGGGGUCACCCCAGCAGAACGGCGGCAGCAGGCAGCGCAGCGGAGCUCACGGGGGCCGCCCCGGCUCGGCGCACAGCUCGCUCGAUAAGCCCAGCUCGCCCUCGCCCAGGGCCCGCGACCAGGCGGAGGCCGGCGUAGCCACGCCGCCCGCGCGUGGGAAGGAGAGCCCGAGCCCGCGCUCGGCGCCGUCGUCGCAGGGCAGAGGAGGCCGCGCGGCCGGCGGGGCGGCCAGGCGGCGGCGGCGGCGGAGGCGGAGGCGGAGGCGGAGGCGGCGGCGCUCGCGGUCCUCGGCGUCCGCGCCCCGCCGCAGGGGCCGCCGGCGCGCCCGGCCCGCGCCGCCCCGGGGCUCGUCGCGCUCGCUCAGCAGGGCCCGCUCCAGCAGCGACUCGGGCGGCGGCGACCCCGGCCCCGGGCCCGAGCCCGGCUCCGAGCGAGGUCACGGCGGGCACGGGAAACGGGCCAAGGAGCGGCCCCCGCGCGCCCGGCCCGCCAGCACCUCCCCGUCCCCGGGCGCGCACGGCAGGCACGGCGGCCCGGAGGGGAAGAGCUCGUCGCGCAGCCCGGACCCGCACCCUCGCUCGUGGGGCUCCAGCCGCUCGCCCUCCAAAUCCCGCUCGCGCUCCGCGGAGAAGAGGGCCCGCAGCCCCAGCCGCUCGCCGUCGCCCAAGAAAACCCUGGGCCGGGACAAGGACGGCGAGGGCCGCGCGAGGCACGCCGAGGCCGAGGCCGCCCGCGCCCGGCGCCGCUCCCGCAGCUACUCGCCCAUCCGCAAGCGGCGCCGGGACUCGCCCAGCUUCAUGGAACCGCGGCGCAUCACCAGGUCCAGCCUGCUGAGUGGCCUGUGGCCAGCCUGGGGGCCGGGUGGACCCCUCUCCACAGGCUGCAGGGGAGAUGCCCAUUGCCCGAAAACGUCCCAUCCCCUACUACCGGCCCAGCCCCUCGUCCUCCUCCAGCUGCCUGAGCAGCGACUACUCAAGCCGGAGCCCCAGCCCAGGCCACAGCCAUGGAAGCUACAGCAGCCGCAGUCGGACCCGCAGCCGCACUCGCAGCCCCUCCCGGACCCCCAGUCCCAGCUACCACAGCCGGAGCAGCUCAGAGAGCGGGGGCUUCUGAGCCCAGCCGACCCAGUUUCGUGCCCCCUGGCACAGGGAGAGGCGAGGGGUCAGGACCCAGGAGCUGCAGGGGGCCUGCAAAGAGGUCCCGGGUCCAGGGAAGACCUUGAGGGUGGGGGCCCUGAAGACAAAGAGGAGCUGGAUUCUGCUGCUUCUGGAGGGCCCCCGCCCUCACCUCCUGCUCACCCACCACGUCCAGGGAACAAAGAGCCGUUUCGAACACAGGGAUCACCUUGCCCCGCUUCCUGCUUGAUGCCAGCUCACCAGGCUGGGGACCUCAGCUCAGUGGACCCAGGGACACCUUUGACGGUGCCAGACCUGGGAGCCUCCCCUGCCACUCCAUAGGACCCUCAGCUCCUCUCUACCACUGGGCGGACACGGAGAUGGGACAGCAAGCCGGAGCUAAGUUAGACAGGAGGAAGAAUGGCCUAACCCUUGGUGCACCACCAUCCAGGCUGAGGAACCACUUCCUUUGAGCCGGCUGCAGGAGGACCCUGGCUGAGGGCUGGAGGCUGGCCCCAGAGCCUCCCCAGACCCCUUCCCUGGCCCAAGAGUGCCCUGACUGGGUGGGCCCCUAAGCCCCAGCCUGAGGGGCCAGGGAGCUCACCCUCGGUCGCACCUCUCCAGGCCAGGCUCUUCCCUCCAGCCCUCGCCCCAUGCCCUGGGCCAAGGCCACGCCAGCCAGGCCUUCUGCAUGACAAGAGGUGGGAUAUACAGACCACAGCUGCAUCUGACCCUGAGAUCAAAAGGGGUUCGGGUCAGGAGGUGGAAGAGAGAAGCGGUAGAUGGAGGAGGAGCCUGGGAGGGGAAGAGCAAUGCAGUCGGCGGACUGAGCAGGCCUCGGGGUCCCGGUGUGCCCAGUGGCUGGGACCUGGGCCGGAUGGCAGCAGGCCUAGGAUGACGUGCCCUUUGGGGCUGCCCAAGGGAGCAGGGAGCCAAAGGGAGCACUUCCUCCUCCUCUUCCAGAGAGGGGUGCUACACCCCUUCGAAGAAAGGGUAGAAUCUAGACUGAGGGCCUUGGCCUGGGGCAUGGAUGGGGAAGCAGCGGCCCCCAGCCCUCUGCUGCUGCUCCCAGCCCCCUCCUCCCGGGGCCCUCAGGGAUCUCACGAAGUCUUCCUCGGCCCAACAGGGCAGAUGCCCUGGGCUCCGGUGGGGGGAGGGGUCUGGGGUCUGGUCCGGGUUCCCCCCUCUGUUUCCCCCUCCUUCUCCGCGGUGCGGAUAAAAAUUGGACUCUAAUAAAACACUUGGUGCCCGGAUGGCAGGUGGUGA